CCUUCUCGCUCAACAUAUAUAUAAGCCCUACUUCAUCUAGGGUUUUAUAUUUGCCUUUCGCAGACUCCAGAGGCAACGAGAGGAGUUUCAUCUCACUUACGCACAAAUGGCUCCAAAGAGAGGUGGAAAGGCACCGGUAGCGGCAGCUAAGAAGAAGCCGGAGAAGGUGACGAACCCGCUCUUCGAGAAGCGCCCGAAGCAGUUUGGGAUCGGAGGGGCGUUGCCGCCGAAGAGGGACCUUACCCGGUUCGUGAAGUGGCCCAAGACCGUUCAGAUCCAGAGGAAGAAGAGAAUCCUCAAGCAGAGGCUCAAGGUUCCGCCAGCUCUCAACCAGUUUACCAAGACCCUCGACAAGAACCUGGCAACAAACCUGUUCAAGAUGCUUCUCAAGUACAGGCCCGAGGACAAGGCUGCAAAAAAGGAGCGUCUCUUGAAAAGAGCUCAGGCAGAGGCUGAAGGAAAACCUGUAGAAGCAAAGAAGCCUAUUGUGGUGAAAUAUGGUCUCAACCAUGUUACAUACCUCAUCGAGCAGAACAAAGCACAGCUUGUGGUUAUUGCCCAUGAUGUGGACCCAAUAGAGUUGGUUGUCUGGCUUCCAGCAUUGUGCAGGAAGAUGGAAAUCCCAUACUGCAUUGUGAAAGGGAAAGCACGAUUAGGAGCGGUGGUUCACAAGAAAACUGCAUCGGUUUUAUGCUUGACCACUGUCAAGAAUGAAGAUAAGUUGGAGUUUAGCAAGAUCUUGGAGGCUAUCAAGGCCAACUUCAAUGACAAGUAUGAUGAGUACAGGAAAAAGUGGGGCGGUGGAAUCAUGGGUUCCAAAUCUCAGGCGAAAACCAAGGCCAAAGAGAGACUUCUGGCCAAGGAAGCUGCUCAGAGAAUGUCUUAGGAGCCACGAUCAUGUGUUCUUGUUAGAUCUUAUUCUCUUUUGCUGCUGUCUUUAAGAUUUUUGUUUGUUCAAGUUUAUUCUCAUUGACUACAGAGGUUUUGUUUCUUUUAAGAGGCAGCUUAUAUAAAUUAAGGAAGAGCUAAUGUUGGUGCUUGAACUUAAGCUGCUAUGCUGUAAUAGCUGUUGGGUUAGACAUUAAUGCGUAAUUUUUGGUA